AUGUUUGAGGAUGUCUGGGUGUCUUACCCAGCAUCUAUUACAGUAGUGCGAAGGUAUUGGGGUAAAUCUCUGGAUGGCAAUCUAAUGGAGGUUCUGAAUAUAAAAUUUCAGAGGUCAUUGAGAUCUUUAUACUUCUGGAGUAAAGUGAAAGUUUAUGAUUUAUCUAGACUUAAAGAAAAGUUUAAAAAGGAGAUAGCUGAUCUUCAGUUAGAGGAAGCUAAUGAUGGUUGUUUAUCUGAUGAAAAGCUCAUGGUUCUGAGGUCAAAGGUUAAUGAGUUUAAUACAACUCUGGAUCAGUUGAACACCUGGUUGAGAAAAAGGGCAAAGGUUAAAUGGUUAGAAGAUGGUGAUAAGAAUUCCAUGUUCUUUCAUAUAGUUGUAAAUGGUAGGAGGAAUGAAAAUUUUAUUAAUCAAGUGGAUGAAGAGGGUAAUAUGGUUGAUGAUCCAAAGAGUGUUGAAGAAAUCUUUUUCAAAGCCUUCUCAAACAAUUGGAGGGAAUGA